UGCGUUUGUUCUUAUUUCAUUGUAAGACCUUUACAAGCAUGUUAAAUAUAAUGUCAUACAUAUUUGUCUGUAUGUAUUGUGUAUAGAAAGGGAAAACAAGCUCUCGUUCGGUCUGUAAGCAUUUGGGCAGUACACUGUACCGUAUAUUAUUAAGCGAUAUUACCACGCAUAGGUUUUGUUGUAACUUGCGUUGUUUUGUUUUUGCUGACCGGAAGAGUAUUGCAGGUGGAAGAUGAAUACUAUGAGUGAUUCGCACUUGACCCCAGUGCCUGUUGAGCAGGCGGUUUUGCAGACGUUCUUCUCCCAGCUCGGGAUCUUUUCGUAUGACAGAGCCAAGGACUAUGUGGAGAAGGAGAAGGAAAGCAAUAAGACCGCCGGGGCUAGCUGGGCAUCUGUACUAGCAGCACUGGCUCACCUGGCAGCCGCAGAGAAAGCCUAUCACAACAUGACAUUUCUGGGACAAAAACUAGGUGGCCAGUCUUUUUUCAGCCGAAAGGAUUCCAUCAGGACUAUAUACACGUCUCUGCAUAAUGAGCUCAAGAAGGUGGUGACGACAGGACGCAAUGCAGUGGGGGGGACAGCACCCCAUCUCGAAGAGCUUCUUUCUCACCUUUCCGAACAGCUCUGCUAUUUCAUUCAAGCCCGAAUGGAAAUUGCUGACUUCUAUGAAAAGAUGUACUCCCUGAGCAGUCAGAAAUCCGUCAACUCUGAGGAGCUGGUGAGCACACUGGAAUCUGUUCUGCACAAAUACAGUUCAAGAUUUCACCAUCCAAUCCUGAGCCCCUUAGAAAGCAGUUUCCAGCUGGAGGUGGAUGUGCUGACCCAGCUGCUGAAGUGCCAGGCUCAGAUUUCCGAAUGGAAGUUCCUGCCCUCCCUUCUCAACCUGCACUGCGCCCACUCCAAGCUGCACAGCUGGGGCCAGAUCUUCGAAAAACAGCGGGAGACCAGGAAACACCUGUUCGGCGGGCAAAUCCAGAAAGCUGUACAGCCCCCACACCUCUUCCUGUGGCUACUGAAGUUCAAAAACAUACUCCUGGCCAAGUUCAGCUUCUACUUCCACGAGGCCCUAAGCCGACAGACCACACUGUCUGAGAUGAAGACGGUGACCGCCAAGACCGCCCCAGAUUACUUCGGGAAGAUCUCCAGCUUCAUCCGGAAGUACGACGUGGUUAACGUAUCGCUCAUCUUCGACAACCGAGGUUCGGAGAGCUUCCAGGGCCAUGGGUACCACCACCCCCACUCCUACAGGGAAGCCCCCAAGGGGGUGGACCAGUAUCCGGCUGUAGUAUCGCUGCCCAAUGACCGGCCAGUGAUGCACUGGCCCAACGUGAUCAUGAUUAUGACUGAUCGAGCCGCGGACCUCAAUAUGCUGGACAAGGUGGUGCAUUUCUUUGACGACAAGGUUCAGAGCACCUACUACCUGACUCGACCUGAGCCUCACUUCACCAUCAUUGUCAUCUUCGAUUCGAAAAAGUCUGAGAAAGACUCCUAUUUUAUCUCUUUUUUGCAGGAGCUCUCCAGCUCCCUCAAGAACUCCAAGCCGUUUUCUAGUUUGAAACCAGGAUCAAAGGGAUGAAGAGUGGAAUUGCAACACAAUGAGCAAAAUAAGGGCUAUUGCUUAUAUUGGACUGUUAGAAUUCUUUAAGAGUUGCAUACGUGUCAUUCUGGGCUCUGCCUCCAACAGUUUGAAAUUGUGUUGCGUAUUAACUCUUUUUCAACAUAGCACACCUGUGUACUUGCAGAAGAAAAGAUAACUCAAAAUAGCAGACCAGUAAACUAAUCUAAUUUUGUAUUUUUCUGUAUAAGGUACUAAAACUAUUUUAUUAGUUAUCCUACGAUGGAUAGUCUUGAAAGAAUUGAGUUACCUAGACACUACAGAUAUUACAUACUGAUUAUUAAAAACCUGCAGUUCAGCCAUCUUCACCAUUUUGCCUUUUACAUUGGCUUCCGGAGAUUCUAGGGAUAGAUGUAUGCCUCAUUUUAUAUAAUGGUUUACCCUCCAGAGGAAUUAUGCCAUUAUAUCUAACCCCUGUCACUUUAAAACAAGUUCAGCUCUUGAGAACAGCAGUUUCUGUAUGUAUGCUAUACUGUAGCUUGUUGAUUUAAGCUCGCUUCAUGUGAAUUAAGAGUCAGAUGUAUCUGGUUUUGAUAUGUUCACCAGUUAGCCAAACGGGCCAAAAAAUGUGUUUGUUUUGGUUUGAUAUGGUUGCAAAAUGAUACACAAUAAAGCUUUCAUUAACAUAUACACUUGCAUCUGUACUGUUUUGUAGAAAGUUAAUUUGUAGGUCAUAAGAGAGUGCUCCUAAUUGAGAGAUUUCUUCAGAUUCUAUCCACAUUGAAGGGGACUGGCACUGAGGAUGGAGUUGACUGUUCUAGUGCGCACUUAUGUCGAAAUAAAAAGUAUGUGUCUGUCUUGGUUCUCGGCAUUGACGUACAGUACAGCAGCAAUGACUUCUUGGUACUAUAUGCUUGCUUCAAUCUUCACACUUUUUCUGUAAAUCCAGUCCUUGAAAUGCAUUCACAUUGUAAUCUCCCCGUUAUUUUAGUGUGACCAGGACAGUGGCAUAUUGAAAGCCCUACAUAACUAACGUUUUACAUCAAUUUUGAG